CGCGGUGCAUGAUGGGAGCGGUUGCUCGCGCUGAGUCAGUUCAUUGGCGGCGCGAGCGGGAUUGGAGCAGGUUCGGGUUGUGUGUCGGCGGCCUGGUAAUCAAUUACCGGGCGGGGGAGGAGAAUCCACCGAGAGGGUUUGGAAGCUGAUUGGUCACCAUGGCAUCCCGUGCAGGUCCACGUGCAGCAGGAACAGAUGGCAGUGACUUCCAACAUAGAGAGAAAGUGGCUUCACAUUAUCAGAUGAGUGUGACUUUGAAGUCUGAGAUCAAGAAACUGAUAAUUGCUCACAUGGUAAUUUGGACAUUGCUCACUCUUCAGGUUAUUAUCAGUCACAUGAAAUUGGUGUCGCAUGACCUGAUAGCUAUGCCAUACCAAUGGGAAUACCCCUACCUGCUGAGCAUCAUACCAUCCAUCUUCGGUUUUAUGUCCUUUCCUCGUAACAACAUCAGUUAUCUUGUACUCUCCAUGAUUAGUGCAGGGCUGUUCUCCAUUGCACCUCUAAUUUAUGGCACCAUGGAGAUGUUCCCCAUGGCACAACAGCUCUAUCGGCAUGGCAAGGCCUACCGCUUCAUCUUUGGCUUUUCUGCUGUAGCAGUCAUGUACUUGGUCUUAGUUAUUGCAGUGCAAGUUCAUGGCUGGCAGAUCUACUACAGCAAAAAAUUACUGGACUCUUGGUUUACCUCUACACAGGAAAAGAAGAAGAAAUAGUUGGCAGAUGAAAGCAUCCCUAAAAUACUGAGCGCUGGUGAAUGAACAAUGACAAUAUAAUGGGACUGCAUCAGUCCUGUAAAUAUGAUAGUCUAGUGCUUAGAUUGUUUUGCGUAUGCUGUUUUGUUAUUACUACCAUCUUUGUACCCUAGAGCAUUUGUUUCACAUAACAAAAGUGGCAGUUGGACAUCUCCUCCAGGACGUUUGGUGCAAAUGUUAUUUCAUACUGUGGAUGUCAAUGUGAUGCUUCAUACUCAUUUAAGGAUACAACACAGUUACUAAGCUGCUGGUGAAAUGCAGAAAAUUCAGAAAAGUUUCCACUGAAUCUGAUUUUUUUUUAAAUCAAAGAUUUGAUUGUACUUCCUGUUGAUAUGCUGUAGUUUGUGAUUUUAAAUUAGGGUUUUUUUUUUUGUUUCAUUAGCUGUGAAAAGCUGCUAUCAGAUUUUUUUGUUAACAUCAUUUAGCCUUGCUAACUAAUUAAGCUUAAGUUGUGGGCUGGUAAAUUGAACCAUUACGUAGUAUUGGGACUUGUGCUAAGCCUCAAGCAGACUGUAUUUAAAUAUAAUCAUGAUUGGAUAGAAUGUUGAGACCCAUAAGAUUUGUUCAUUCCUUAAAGAUUAAGUCAGCCUUUUCAUAUUUAUCUUGAAAUCAUUCCAAAUUAAUUGAAUUAUUUAAUUAAAAAUACUUGUGUUAGCUCAACUAAAAAGAGUUAAAGUAGCUUUGUUAAUAAUUUUAGUAAAGACCAACAUAUAGCAGUACAUUUAACCUUUUGCAUAUACUUUAGUUGUGUUAUACAACUGUCUGCAUUCUGGAUAUAGCUCCUGUGCAUUUUGCAGUCAGUAAUGUUGCGUGUAAACCCAUCUCUAUAUAUUUUGGAUCUCAUGAUCUCAAGUGUAAAAUUUAUAUGUAUAGUUGUGGAUGGGGUUUUUUGCACCCUCUUUAUUUACAAGUCUUAAUAUGUGGCACAACUAUAAUAUUGUUUGCCUUCAGAGAAAUGCAGAGGUUGGCAGCACCUCUGCAAUUAUUUAAUCAUAACAGCAUGCCUACUUAAGUGUCAUCGUGCUGUAUAAAAAUGAACUUCAUUCCAUUGGCAAGUUGUAACCUUGCCUAACAAAUUGAGUUAGAUUCCUCCUCCAUAAUCAAACUUAAGGGAAGAAUUUCUUCCUGUUUAUUUGUGGAGGUGGAAAGGUAUUUGACAGUAGAAAUACACUGAGAUGGAAGGCCUGAUAAUUGUGGGGAGCAUGGGUUGCAUUUUAGUUGCUACAGAUUUGAUUUUUUAAGUCUAGGGGCUUCGCAUUUAGCUGUCAGAAAAAUGAAAAUGUUAGACAUAGUUCAUUCUAUAUUGAGUAAAGUUUGUAUUUUAUUUCCAAAUGGGAGUCAAUGAAUUUAAUUUUUAUUCUGAUUUUCACUAUUUCAUCUUGUGCUUGCCACCACGGCAGAAAUUGGGUGCAAUGCUUUAUUCAGUGUUAUGUGCUGGUGCAACAUAAUUUACUUGAUCUUUGAUGUAAAUGGGAUAAAUUGAUGCCAAUGUGUGUAUUUUGUGCUUUGUGAAUAAAAUUGAGUUAACAUACA